GUAAUGAAUGAAUAUAAUAUACAAGUUUCAUUUUUUGAAUGGAAUUAGUGAAAUAAAUCAACUUUUUGAUGAUAUUCUAAUUAUAUGACCAGCACCUGUACAUGUACUAUGUGUGAUAAUUGUUUUUAAUGAAGAAAACUUAAAGUUUACAUUUGAUUAAGUAUUGCCCUGAAUUAUCUAUAACAUAUGUUCACAUAUAGUCCACAGAAUAAUUACUGAAUUAAAAAAUAUAAGUUACAUACUAUUGAUUCUGAAUAUUGUGUCUCAUGUUUAUCCUGAGCCCUGCCCUUAAACUGGCCACUGGUCUUCAGUAAAAUCCUCCAGUUCUGGCAUAAUCUAGUUUUCCAGCAUCUUCUGCAUAUUUUACCCCUUUGCAACAGUGACUGUACGAUGUUGAGUUUCAACUUUUCACACGAAAGACAAUUGAGACUAUUACAAACGAUACAAACAUUCACAACACAACCAACAUUAAAGGGACAGUUCACCCAAAAAUGAAAAUUCUGUCUUCAUUUACUCCUCGAGUUGUUCCAAAUCUGUAUACAUUCGUUUGUUCUGAGAAAUAUAUUUGGAAGAACGCUUGUAACCAAACAGUUCUUGUACCCCAUUUUGACUUCCAUAGUAGGAAAAUUGCUUUAUACAUUUCUCUGUUCUGUUGAACACAAAAGAAGAUAUUUUGAAGAAUGUAGGACAGCAAACAGUUCUGGGGCACCAUUGAGUACCGUUGUCAUUUUUCCUACUAUGGUAGUCAAUGGUGGCCAAGAACUGUUUGGUUACAAUUAUUCUUCCAACUAUCUUUCUCUGUGUUCAUCAGAACAAAGACAUUUAUACAGAUUUGGAACAACUUGAGGGUGAGUAAAUGAUGACAGAAUUUAAAUUUUUGGGUGACCUGUCACUUUAAAAGCCAGGUGGCUGUAAACCUGAUUAUUGUCGAUAUUUUUGUUUAAAUAUCUUAUGUUAAUAUCUGAAUGAAAAAAUGUUUUUUUAUUUAACCGUCUUGAAUUUUUAAAGUAAACAGAUACUUGAAAGACAUGCUGCCAUUCAUGUUUUUAAACCCUUACUGUGCGUUCACGCCGCCAGCGACAAAGCGAGGCAAUGUCAUUCAUUUCAAUGGAGAGCUGGUGACUUCCGGCGACACGAGAGAUAGUGACCGUUGGCGACAGGAAGUGGGCGUGUCUACCGACGCGACAAAGUGGAGAUUUGCUCAACAUUAUGCAAAUCAGAGUUUGUUUAUAAAAGUUACCAGAGCAACCAAAGCUAGGAACGCCUUCUAACGACCUCGUAGCAAGAGACUAGCGACACACAGCGACAGAGUCACUGGCGGUGUGAACGCACAGUUAGAUACCAUACCCUAACAGUUUCCAUGUUAGUGCUCUAAAAACAAGCUUUGAACAAGUAAAAGAGUAAGACAAAAAUUAGUAUGGAAAUAAAUGUGUUGUAUCAAUAAAAUGUGUUGAUGAAGUGCACAGAAUCUGUCCAAAGUUUUAGCAACUCUCAAUGGCUGAAGCUUGGUGACAUUUAGUGACCAUUUAAGUUUUUUCUGAAUGCUGCCAAUACAGGAGCAUGUUGCGUGGAAUCGACGAGGGACUUUUUGACACCUCCUCUGACCUGCAGAUUAAGAGUUGAAACUGUACCAUGUGUCCGGGUUCCUGUCUUAAAGGACACGCUGGCGGUGGGAGCAACGGCCCUAGCUACACUUUUCACGGCGAUCCACACGCCAUGUUCGCCGAGUUCUUCGGUGGCCGCAGCCCGUUCGAUCAGUUCUUUGCAUCCCACGGGGGCUUAGACGAUGACAUGCAUAUUGACGACCCUUUCGCUGCUUUUGGAAUGGGAGGAAUGGGCGGCUUCCCCAGGUCCUUCAAAUCUCGUGUGACGGGUGCACACGGGGGCCGGGAAAAGAAGAAAGAUCCCCCGGUCAUGCACGAACUGAAGGUGAGCCUUGAAGAAGUCUUCUCCGGGUGCACGAAAAAGAUGAGGAUCUCUCGCAAGAGGUUGAACCUGGACGGUUGCACCAUGCGCACCGAAGACAAAAUCCUGACUGUGGACAUCAAACGUGGCUGGAAAGAGGGGACUAAGAUUACCUUUCCCAAAGAGGGGGACGAGACGCCAACCAACAUCCCUGCUGACAUAGUGUUUGUGGUAAAGGACAAGGCUCACUCUUAUUUUCGGAGGGACGGCUCUGACAUCGUUUACUCUGUGAAGAUAUCCCUGAAAGAUGCUCUUUGUGGAUGCACCAUCAGCGCACCCACCCUGGACGGUAGAACUGUCACUGUGACAUCACAUGAUGUCAUCAAACCAGGCAUGAAGAAGAGGAUUGUAGGAGAGGGACUGCCCCUGUCCAAGUAUCCUGAAAAGAGAGGAGACAUGGUGCUGGAGUUCUUAGUAACAUUUCCAGACAAGUUAGGACCGGGGACUCGUGAAGCUCUGGUUCAGAUCCUGCCACCUUGAUCAUUGUGAUGACUGAAGGAGACACUCCGAGCCGAUGCUUCGAGAGCCACACACACGCCCUGUGAUCCAACUGGUUUUCUACAGAACCAACUUGGAAAGCAUCCGUUAGAAAAACAUAAAAGAGCUGCAGUGUAUGAUAUUAAUUUAUAGCCCUGUCAUUAUAAUGUGUACAGAUCACUGUGAAGCAUUACAGAAGAAAUUUAUUGAGGUUGUUCUGCAGAACCAGAAGUUUUUUUUAAAACAUUUUUGUUUUAAUCCCAUCGUUUUAUUGCUUCAGGUUACUUGGACAGUAAUCUGUGUUUGUUUUCUUAUAUUACAUUUUUAUUUCAGUUUUAAGGGUUUGGCAAAAUUCAAAGUAUAAGAAUUGUCAUUCUGUUCAUCACGAGUCGAAAUUCAAAUUGAAUUUGAAGUGGAAUAACAGCAAAAGGAAUUUACUGAAAAGGCAUUUAAAGGGACAGUUCACCCCAAAAAUGAAACUUCUGUCAUCAUUUACUCAUCCUCAAGUUGUUCCAAAUCUAUGAAUUUCUUUGUUCUGAUGAACACAGGGAAAGAUAUUUGGAAGAAUGUCAGUAACCAAACGGUUCUGUGCCACCAUAGUAGGAAAAAUUGCUUUAUAAAUUUCUUAGUUCUGUUGAACACAAAAGAAGAUAAGUUUAAAGAAUAUAGGAAAGCAAACAGUUCUGGGGCACUUUUGACUACCAUUUCAAAUUUUCCUACUAUGGUAGUCAAUAGUGGCCAAGAACUGCUUACAAGCAUUCUUCCAAAUAUCUUUCUCUGUUCAUCAGAACAAAGACAUUUAUACAGAUUUGGAACAACUCGAGUGUGAGUAAAUGAUGACAGAAUUUUACAUUUUUGGGUGAACUGAAGGAAAUCAAACCAAUACAACAGAGAGACAACCUACUUGUGUGUUAUGUUUAAGGUUUUCUUCCUGAAAACCUGCUUCAUGUUCUUUGAUCCCAAUUUUUCAGACCUGAUAAUUUUCGGAUGGUGUUUAUAUAUAUAUAUAACUUAUAAUAUAAAUAACCUUAUAUAUUGUACCAUGUUUAUGGCUAAUUCAUAUAAAAAACUGAAAUAUAAUGUUGUCAUUUCUUUUAAUUUCUUUAUAUCUUAAUUCCACUUUAAAUCUUCAACUCGCUUACAGUUAUGUGGAACAUACAAGAAAGUAAUAAAUAAAUCACACUUUCACUCUUAAAAUGAUAGUUCACCCAAAAAUGAAAAUUCUGUCAUCAUUUGCUCACCGUCAUUUCAUACCUGUAUAAAUUUAUUCUAAUGAACACAGAAAGAUAUUUGGAAGAAUGUUAGCAAUUUUCAAUUCUGUGACAGCAUUGACUGCCAUAGUAGGAAAAAUUCAAUGGUAGUCAAAGGUGCUCCAGAACUGUUUGUGUUUCUAAAUUCUUCAAAAUAUCUCACUUUGUGUUUAACAGAACAAAAAUAUAACAAUAUUUUUUUCCUACUAUGGUAGUGGAUGAUGUCACAGAACUGAAAAUUGCUGACAUUCUUACAAAUAUCUUUCUUUGUGUUUAACAGAACAAAGAAAUGUAUAUAGGUUUGAAACAACCCGAGGGUGAGUAAAUGAUGACAGAAUUUUCAUUUUUGAGUGAACUAUCCCUUUAAUAAAAAAGUAAUUUUAACUAAAAGACACUCGAGCUUUUAUAUGAACUAUCUUAGCCUUUUUUGCAAACUGCUCACAAGGUGAUUUUGUGGAAGUAUGAAGUCAGUUCUGAAGUUCACAGAGUAACUAUGGGUUUAGUACAUGAACUGAGUGAGUGAGAAAACUACACAAUGUCCAAUUCUGGUCUUUCAAGCAGUAUAUACUGUAUAUAUUAUUUUGAGUUAAAACCUCACAAACUUUCUUUUUAUUAAAUGUUUUGCCUGAAAGUGUGCUGUUCUCUCUCUCUAAAUAAAUGCCACUUGUUAUUUAGUUAUGCUCAGUUUUGUGGGAUUUUACAGCACAGAUUUUUACACUAUAAACAAAAUAGAUCAUUUGUUGAAUUUGUUGUUUGUUGUAUGUAAUAUAUUGCUUGGUAUUCUUUCAGCGAACUUCUAUCUUCAAACUGAUUUUCUAAGCAAUUAUAGUAUUUGUGCCAAAUAAUGUGAACUGGGUAUGAAUGAAAAUGAAUUUAAUGUUGACACGUAUGCAAACUAUUGCUGUAUUAUCAGCAUGCUGCCCCUAAAAUUCACAACUUAACAUGUUUUAGAUGUAUAGAUCACAGUUCAUGUGUGGCAAUUACUUUUGCAAUUACUAUGUGUUUAUAAUGUAAAAAAUACUUUGUAAAGCUGUUUUAAUUAGCCUAAUAUGACAUGCUUACCAACUAGUUUUCUUUGCUUACUUGUUUUUAUUUACUGCAAAUAAAGUCUUUACAACUGCU